AUGCAGAUUGAACAUUUAGCAAGUGGGAUCCUCGUCUACCAGUCAACAUAUACAGAAAAGAUUUUGAAGCGAUUCUAUAUGGAUAAAGCGCACCCAUUAAGCUCCACAAUGGUUGUUCGAUCACUUGACAUUAAGAGAGAUCCUUUUCAUCCUCGAGAGGAUGAUGAAACACUCCUUGGUCCUGAAGUGCUAUAUCUCAGUGCAAUUGGUGCUCUUAUGUAUCUUGCAAAUUGCAUACGGCCGGACAUAGCAUUUUCAGUCAAUUUAUUAGCAAGAUACAGUUCUGCACCAACCUGUAAACAUUGGAAUGAAAUCAAGCAUAUAUUACGAUAUUUUCGUAGUACAAUUGAUAUGGGAUUGUUUUAUUCAAAAGAAUCGAACUCCCAGUUAAUUGGAUAUGUAGAUGCUGGCUAUCUUUCUGAUCCACACAAAACUCAUUCACAAACAGGAUAUGUGUUUACCCGUAGUAGCACUGCUAUAUCAUGGCGAUCUAUAAAACAAACAAUGAUUGCAACUUCUUCAAUCAUUUAG